ACAAAAUUUGCAGGAGUUUGGAAAGUGAGUUAACAGUUUGGUGUCGUGUGCAAAAAAUUCUGCGCAAUAACAUUAGGUCCAGCACACAUUUCCCCAUAGCUAAACAGACACACACCUACUGGAACCGAUAGUUACCCCAUAGAAUAGUACCAUGCCGUUCAAACCUCCCGUCCAGGCCAAGUGCCCAAAGUGUGGAAAGUCUGUGUAUGCUGCUGAAGAGAGGAUUGGAGCAGGACAAAAAUGGCACAAGUUCUGCUUUACAUGUGGUGUUUGCAACAAGAUGCUGGACAGCACCACUGUAGCCGCCCAUGACGGAUUAGUUUACUGUAAAACCUGCCAUGGAAAGAGCUUUGGUCCUAAGGGGUACGGAUUCGGAGGUGGAGCUGGUGCUCUCAGCACGGAAACCGGCGCCCAACACGGUGUUAAGAAGGGUGAAAUGAGUAACAAGCCUACUGAUGCUCACGUUGGAGGUUCCACUAGCGGCCCAGGGCCCCAUUGUCCUAGGUGUGGAAAGACGGUUUACGAUAACGAGAAAGCCAUAGGCAUCAGCAUACCAUUUCAUAAAGGCUGUUCCAAAUGCAAAACGUGCAACAAGAGUAUCGACUACAACACUAUGUCGGAACACGAAGGAGAUAUCUACUGCAAAGGAUGUUAUGCAAAGAAUUUCGGACCCCAUGGUUUUGGUGUUGGCACGUUGGCUUAGAUAUCACAUUAGGUCAACGAAGUACUUCCGAAUCUUCCUCACCAACCUUUCCUUUUCACCAGAAGUGUGUAGAUAGAUGAGGGGUCACUCCGCAUAGUCCAGUCCCUGUUACAUCUUAGAAAUCACACGGAUAUUUUUUGUUUAUAUUUAUAUACAUGCAACGCUUAAAAGAGUCAUAUGUGUAUGUGUCAUUGUCAAUAAAAGAGUAAAUAAAUGAAAAUAACAAUAUUAGCCACUACAAA